CUCGCGACCUGACCCACCCCUCGCGGCGCCGUUGCUGUCACCCACCCCCCAUGGCACCGUCGCUAUCACCCAUCCCCCGCCGUCCACAUUUAGCCCCUGCGAUCCCUGCUCCCGUGGUGCCGGUGCCAUCACCCACCCCGCACCAUCUGGACUCGGCCCCCGUAACCCUCGCUCCUGUGGUGCCACUGCCGUCACCCACCCCCCGCCGCCCAGACUCAAUCCCCGUGACCCCUGCUUCAGUGGCGUCAGUGCCGUCACUCACCCCAUACCAUCCAAACUCGACCCCCAUGACCCCUGCUCUCGCAGUGCCACCACCGUCACCCACCCCCUGCGACCCACACCUUGCGGCGCUACCGCCCUCUCCAACCCCCUGCGACCCUCGCUCUCACGGUGCCACCGCUGUCACCCACCCCCUGUGGCACCACCACCCUCUCCAAACCCCCAUGACCCCUACUGCCACGGCACUGCCGCCCUCACCCACGUGUACCCCCUUUGUCCGUUCCCCCUGUCGCCCUCAUUGAACCCCCUCUGUCAGUUCCCCCCACCGCCCUCACCGAACCCCCGCUGCCCUCACCGACCCCCCACUGCUCUCCGCUCCCAUGGUGGCAUUGCCCUCACCCAACCCCCACGACAAUUAAAGAGAGGGAGACGGAAGCACCCUUACCUCUGA